ACGCCUUUUUAGGAUGACGACAUUUUCCCGCCAAAGCCUCUGUAGGUUUCUAGUCUGAGAGUAACAUGCUUCACUCCACCGAGAUGAGCGCUGCCCCCGGGGCCCCGGACUGGAUAGGCCGGCCGCUCAGUCUGGUGCAGGCCGUGUUCGCUCAGAAUGAAACGUCUCCAGAUUGGGAGAAGAAGGUCACCGACUACUUCCACGAGAAGCUACAGAAGGAGCAGUGCAGCCGGGUCCCCAGCCUGAACGACUCCCCCCUUCAUUACCUGAAGCCGGGGGGCCUGGUCCGCUUCCGCUGUAUGAUCCAGGACAUGUUUGAUCCUGAGUUUUACAUGGGCAUCUAUGAGACUGUCCAUCUUGACACCGGUGCCCGGGCCCUGCACCUCGGGAAGUAUAGAGAUCUGGCGGAUUGUACGGUAAGUACUGCUAGUAUCUCCCGACAUGUAAAGUCCAUUCCCCCAGUUCCCAAUGCUACACAUGACGUGUGCUGA